CACAUCUUUGUCAUCGCCACAGCAUCAGUCUCCUCACAGCAGAUUCUCUCCACAUCCCGUGUUCCAUACUAUUAACUGAUUUAAUAGUUGCAUAAAUUUACAUUAAUCACCGAUUUUACGCCUCAUUCUGACUAUCUUCAGUCUUCGAGCUAAACAAAACGAGCUUUUGGAGGAACACCGAGGGUCAGACAGCAUCUGUGGAGAGAAAUGGACAAUCGACAAUUCGGUUCGAGAACCCUCAUCUGGACUGUCUCUACCCGGAAUAUCUUCUGACUAUUUUUCUCCACAAAUGCUGUCUGACCUGCUUAGUUCCUUCCAGAUUCUUGCAUUUACAGUCCCUUCUCUCUCUCUGCUCAGGACUUGUCCCUUCAGUUCUGCCGCAGACUGAACCAAGCUCUUCUCUCCGGCUUUAUCUAUGUGAGACUUGUUUGAUGUGUUUCUGACCCCUGCUGUGGAAAUGAACAUGAAUCCUUCUCACGGGAAAGGAACAUUCAUUCCCGAGACCGCAGCGCCCCUAGAGGACAAUCGCGGUACCGCAGGCGCUCAGCAGCUCCCGAAAGUGAAAGGAUCCUGAACCAGGAAAUACCGGGAGUUAACAUGGCUUCGAAAGAACAGGUCGAGAGUUUAAGCGAGGAGGCAAUUUGUCCCAUUUGCCUGGAUUUCUUCACCGAUCCGGUUAUACUGGAGUGUGGACACAACUUCUGCCGCUCCUGCAUCACACGGUGUUGGGAAAGGGAGGAGAGAAACUCCUGCCCGGAAUGUAGAGAGGAGUUUGCAGACCGCACCCUCAGGGCCAAUCGGGCCUUAGCAAAUCUGUCUGAGAAAGCUCGAAAACUAAACCUGAAUCCGAAAGAGAAGGAAAAUAAACUUCACUGCGAGAAACAUGGGGAAGAACUGAAGCUGUUUUGUGAGACGGACAAGACACUGAUCUGCCUGGUCUGUAGAGAUGCGCGGGAACACAAGUCUCACAACUUCAUGCCGGUUAACGAAGCCGUUGAAAUCUACAAGGGUCGGGUUCAAUCUUCCUUAGACUCUCUCACGAAAAAGAAAUCAGACUUCGAGGAAAUGGAGCAACAACAGAAAGAGAAGAUUUCUGGAGUUCGGGAACAGUCACACAGCCUUCAGUCCCAGAUCACAUCCCAUUUUGUUGAACUGCGCCGGAUUAUCACCGAGAAAGAGCAGCGUGUGCUCCGAGAUCUCAGGGAAGAAGAGGAGAGGAUUCUGAAUCCAAUGGAAAAAAAUCUUCGAGAGAUUCAAGAGAAUUUAAAUUCCAUCCAGGAGGAAAUCUCAAAGUUACAGGAACGGAUGGAUCAACAAGAAAAUAUCACAUUCCUCAUGGAGGAAGCUCAUCGGAAGAGGAGGAUUAGUGAUGAAGAACAGACAUUGUCAGUGACAGAUGGUGCCCUACUGGUUGAAAAAUUCUAUCGCCCCUAUUUGUUCGACAUUGCAUUGGGAGAACCGUUGGACAGCAUUAAGCAAGUCUCUGUCACCCUGGAUGUGGAAACGGCGAGUCCGCGGCUCGAGGUGUCUGAGGAUCGGAAGAGUGUGAGAUACACCGGGACCCGGAGGGAUCUCCCUGACACCGGGAAGAGGUUCACACACUGGGCUUGUGUGCUGGGAUCGGAGGGAUUCACAUCGGGGAGACAUUACUGGGAGGUGGAGGUGACGGGGAAUCGGUGCUGGGAUCUGGGAGUCGCCGCAGAGUCUGUGGAGAGGAAGCGAUGGGUCAGACUGAGUCCGGAGACCGGAUUCUGGAUCAUCGGGCGGGAUGGUGACGUGAUGAAGGUUUACACCUCCCCUGAGUCCCGUCUCCCUGCCGGUCCCAUCCCCGGGAGGGUGGGAGUUUAUCUCAGUUACCAGUCCGGGACAGUUUCAUUUUACAACGCGGAGACCAAGUCCCAUCUCCACACCUUCACUGGGAAUAAAUUCACGGGGAAACUUUAUCCUUUCUUCUGGAUUUGGGAUAAAAACGAGUGUCUGAGAAUCUGCUCCGUUCCGCUCCGGGUCUGUAAACGUGUCGGGUCCUGGGACCGGCGAACAUUCAUUCCCGAGACUGCAGCGCCCCUAGAGGACAAUCGCGGUACCGCAGGCGCUCAGCAGCUCCCCGAAAGUGAAAGGAUCCUGAACCAGGAAGUACCGAGAGUUAACAUGGCUUCGAAAGCACAGGUCGAGAGUUUAACCGAGGAGGUAAUUUGUCCCAUUUGCCUCGAUUUUUUCACCGAUCCGGUUAUACUGGAGUGUGGACACAACUUCUGCCGCUCCUGUAUCACACGGUGUUGGGAAAGGAAGGAGAGAAACUCCUGCCCGGAAUGCAGAGAGGAGAUUGCAGACCGCAGCCUCAGGGUCAAUCGGGCCUUAGCAAAUCUGUCUGAGAAAGCUCGAAAACUAAACCUGAACCCGAAAGAGAAGGAAAGUAAACUUCACUGCGAGAAACAUGAGGAAGAACUGAAGCUGUUUUGUGAGACGGACAAGACACUGAUCUGCCUGAUCUGUGCGACUGCGCGGGAACACAAGUCUCACAACUUCAUACCGGUUAACGAAGCCGUUGAAAUCUACAAGGGUCGGGUUAAAUCUUCCUUAGACUCUCUCACUAAAAAGAAAUCAGACUUCGAAGAAAUGGAGCAACAACAGAAAGAGAAGAUUUCUGGAGUUCGGGAACAGUCACACAGCCUUCAGUCCCAGAUCACAUCCCAUUUUGCUGAACUGCGCCGGGUUCUCACUGAGAAAGAGCAGCGUGCACUCCGAAAUCUCAGGGAGGAAGAGGAGAGGAUUCUGAAUCCAAUGGAGAAAAAUCUUCGAGAGAUUCAAGGGAAUUUAAAUUCUACCCAGGAGGAAAUCUCAAAGUUACAGGAACAGAUGGAUCAACAAGAAAAUAUCACAUUCCUCAUGGAGGAAGCUCGUCGGAAGAGGAGGAUUAGUGAUGGACAACAGACAUUGUCAGUGACAAAUGGUGCCCUACUGGUUGAAAAACUCUAUCACCCCUAUUUGUUUGACAUUGCAUUGGGAGAAGCAUUGGACGGCAUUAAGCGAGUCUCUGUCACCCUGGAUGUGGAAACGGCGAGUCCGCGGCUCGAGGUGUCUGAGGAUCGGAAGAGUGUGAGAGCGACCGGGAGCCGGAGGGAUCUCCCUGACACCGGGAAGAGGUUCACAGUCGGGUUUUGUGUGCUGGGAUCGGAGGGAUUCACAUCGGGGAGACAUUACUGGGAGGUGGAGGUGACGGGGAAUCGGUGCUGGAGUUUGGGAGUCGCCGCAGAGUCUGUGGAGAGGAAGGGAUGGGUCACACUGAGUCCGGAGACCGGAUUCUGGAUCUUAGGGCGGUUUGGUGACGUAAUGAAGGUUCACACCUCCCCUCGAUCACGUCUCCCUGCCGGUCCCAUCCCCGGGAGGGUGGGAGUUUAUCUCCGUUACGAGUCCGGGACAGUUUCAUUUUACAACGCGGAGACCAAGUCCCAUCUCCACACCUUCACUGGGAAUAAAUUCACGGAGAAACUUUAUCCUUUCUUCUGGACUGUAUAUACAAACGAGUGGCUGAGAAUCUGCUCCGUUCCGCUCCGGGUCUGUAAACGGGUCGGGUCCGGGACCGGCGUCAGGAGUAAAUCAGUGUAAAUAUAAAUGUGCAGAGAGUGAAAUAAACACGAUGUGAGAAUUAUCGAUCCAUUAAUUUUAACUCGUUCACCGCAUCCGUCAACGGAACAGAAACACCGUGGAUUCAGCAGCAGCCGCGGGCGGCGGGUCCUGAGCUCCCCGGCUCCCCCGGGUGCUAAAGUCCACCGGGACUGCCCGGGUAACUGGGACAAGUGGUGGUGGUUCUAUGUGGGAGAGGGAGGUCAGGGUGAGCCGGGAUCUCUAGAUUGAAUCAGAUAUUCAUUUUAAGACCAUAAGGUAUAGAAGCAGAGGUAGGCCAUUCGGCCCAUCAAGUCUGCUCCACCAUUCAAUCAUGGACUGAUCCAAUUCUUCCAGUCAUCCCCUUCCCCCUGCCUUCUCCCCAUACCCUUUGAUGCCCUGGCUAAUUAAGAACCUGUCUAUCUCUGCCCUAAACACACCCAAUGACUUGGCCUCCAUAGCCACUCGUAGCAAGAAAUUCCACAGAUUUACCACCCUCUGACUAAAGUAAUUUCUCUGCAUCUCAGUUCUAAAAGGACGUCCUUCAAUCCUGAAGUCAUGCCCUGUUGUCCUAGAGUCCCCUACCAUGGGAAGUAACUUUGCCAAUUCUAAUCUGUUCAGGCCUUUUAACAUUCAGAAUGUUUCUAUGAGAGCCCCCCUCAUUCUCCUGAACUCCAGGGAAUACAGCCCAAGAGCUGCCAGACGUUCCUCAUACAGUAACCCUUUCAUUCCUGGAAUCAUUCUUGUGAAUCUUCUCCGAUUCCUGUCCAAUGUCAAUAUAUCCUUUCUAAGAUGAGAAGCUGCUCACAAUACUCCAAGUGUGGUCUCACGAGUGCCUCAGAGCCUCAACAUCACAUCCCUGCUCUUAUAUUCUCUACCUCUAGAAAUGAAUGUCAACAUUGCAUUUGCCUUCUUCACCACCGACUCAACCUGGAGGUGAACCUUCAGGGUAUCCUGCACAAGGACUCCCAAGUCCCUUUGCAUCUCUGCAUUUUGCAUUCUUUCCUCAUCUAAAUAAUACUCUGCCCGUUUAUUUCUUCCACCAAAGUGCAUGACAGUACGCUUUCCAACAUUAUAGUUAAUUUGCCACUUCUUUGCCCAUUCCCCUGAGCUAUCUAAGUCUCUCUGCUGGCUCUCUGUUUCCACAACACUGCCCACUCCACCACCUAUCUUUGUAUCAUCGGCAAAUUUAGCCACAAAUCCAUUACCCCAUAGUCCAAAUCAUUGACGUACAUUGUAAAAAGCAGUGGUCCCAACUUUGACCCCUGUGGAACUCCACUGGUAACCGGCAGCCAGACAGAAUAGGAUGCCUUUAUCCCCAUUCUCUGUUUUCUGCCAAUCAGCCAAUGCUCCACCCAUGCUAGUCACUUCCCUGUAAUUCCAUGGACUCUUAUCUUGCUAAGUAGGCUCAUGUGCGGCACCUUGUCAAAGGUCUUCUGAAAAUUCAAGUACACCACAUCUACUGCAUCUCCUUUGUCUACCCUGCUUGUAAUUUCCUCAAAAAUUUGCAGUUGGUUUGUCAGGCAGGAUUUUCAGGUGUAACCCGUAUUUUUUAUACAGGUCGUAGCUCCCCCAGUGACCCGGUAGCCCAAAACCCUGCCCGCUACACCAGUCUCUCAGACAUGCAUUAAUAUGCCUGUUCAUGCUAUUCUUGUGCUCGUUAGCACUUGGCACAGGCUGCAAUCCUGAGAUUACUACCCUGGAGAUCCUGCUUUUCAGCUCACUACCCAACUCCCUGAACUCUCUCUUCUAUCAGUGUCAUCAGUACCAACGUGUACCAAGACAUUGGGAGGCACAUGGGAGGCAACACACCAUGUGGGUAUCUCCAUCAGGCUACAGAACCUCCUGUCUGUUCCCCUCACUAUGGAAUCCCCUAUGACUACCACAUUUCUCAUCGUGUUUCCCUUCUGCACCACAGAACCAGGCUCAGUGCCAGAGACCCGAUCGCUGUGGUCAUCCUCUGUUGGGGUCACCCCCUCAACAGCAUCCAAAACAGACCCAGUUCACACUCAGGAAAUGCAGGAAAAACACAGCAGUUCUUCUAGCAUCUGAUUCCAGAAGAAAUGGGAGUGCAGUGUAAUUUCCUCCAGAAGGGGGAUAAAGAAGAAGGCAUGUGCUCGGAGAGGGGAGUGGAGCAUUAGAGAAAUCAAUGCUCAGGUUGGAACUACCCGGAGAGGUACGGUGAAGGCUGGAGAGACGUGGAUAUGAUAUUUUGGAGCCAGAAGUGUGGCAACACAUGCAGGCUGAUCCCAGCACAAUCCUCGGGCAGACUGUGUUGGUCAUUGACGCAAUGGAGAAAUGUAAAUGGUGAAGACCCCUGUGUGUAUUUGUGUGUGGCGGAGACAGAGAGAGAGUCUGAGACUUGCUCCAGGCUCCCCAGGUAGAUGCAGGGAUGAUGUUUCUGGUAACGGGGGUGUCAGGAUGAGGAGACACAGUGAGGGGACGACCAUUCAGAGGUGAAUAAAUGUAUUUACCCAGCUCAUAAUCUAACAGGGCUCUGCACAUUUACACAUCAACUAUGUUGUAACAUUCCUGUGAAUCUUGUCUGCACACAUUUCAGCUGAAUGUCAUCCUUUCUACAGCUCGGUGACCAGAACUGUACCCAGUACUCUGAGUGUGGUCUCACCAAUGUCUUGUACAGCUGUAACAUGACAAACCAUCUCAUGUACUUAAUGCCCUGAUCGAUGAAGGCCAGCAUACCAUACACCUUCUUCACUACGCUGUCUACCUGUGUCUUUACUCUCAGGAAUUAUGUACUUGUUCCCCUGGUUAUUUCUAUUCUGCAACACGUUCCCAUACCCUCCAUUCCCUGCCUGUUCAUUUCAUGUUUAAAUGUCUGUUUGAACUGAAGAAUUUCAGAGUUAUAAACUUUGAUAAUAAAAUGAACCUUUGAA